CCGUACAGGGACUGCCAGGCAGAUGCGGUGACGUGACUUCCUGGGGGGCGGAGAGGGUGCUGCUGCAGACCCUGGGAUCUGUUUUCAGACACCAGCAGCUGCAGGGGAGCGGACUGGGACUGAGAGUCAUGGACGUUGUUGGCAACAGGGUGCCUUGAAAAAAGGAGCGUUGCGCUGGCCUUCUCUGCAUUGUGGGCACACGGACGGGCGCCAAGUGAGCCGCGCUUCUGCUGGCAUUUCUUCGUUCCGAACAAUCGCUGAUUGUGUGCCUGCCGUACCAUGGCGGAGAAAAGCAGCAGACUUAGCUUCCCCGGGAGCGUGGCGCUAAACAAGCCAGUGCCGAUGAACCUGUUUGCCACCUGGGAGAUUGAUGGGUCGUCCCCGAGCUGCAUCCCAAGACUCUGCAGUCUGACGCUGAAGAAGCUGGUAGUGAUGAAGGAACUGGACAAAGAACUCAUCUCUGCGGUCAUUGCUGUGAAAAUCCAGGGUUCAAAGAGGGUCCUUAGAUCCCAUGAAAUCGUGCUGCCUCCCAGUGGACUGGUGGAAACCGAUCUGGCUCUUACAUUUUCUUUACAGUAUCCCCAUUUCCUAAAGAGAGAAGGGAACAAGCUUCAGAUCAUGUUGCAAAGAAGAAAGCGGUACAAGAACCGAACAAUCCUGGGCUACAAGACACUGGCUGUUGGGUCCAUCAACAUGGCAGAGGUCAUGCAGCACCCGACGGAAGGCGGGCAGGUUCUGACACUCUUCAGCAACAUGAAGGACGCAGCUGCCAAGGUGGCAGAGAUCUGGAUUUUCUCACUUUCCAGCCAGCCCAUUGACCAUGAGGAAGGCUCCAUGCCAAGUGAGCAGAAGGUCAAGUCAACAGAUAAUUAUUCAGAAGAAGAAUACGAGAGUUUCUCCUCGGAGCAGGAAGCCAGCGAUGAUGCUGUUCAGGGCCAGGAUCUAGAUGACGAUGAGUAUGAUGUCAGGAAACUGAAGAAGCAACGCAGAUCAAUAGUGAGAACGACGUCCAUCACCAGGCAACAAAAUUUCAAGCAGAGAGUUGUGGCCCUACUGAAGAGGUUCCGCGUAUCUGAUGAAGUACUGGACUCUGAACAGGACCCGGCGGAGCAGGCACCUGAGGUGGAGGAGGACCUGGACCUGGACAGCUUGGACAUUGAAAACCCCAGCGACAGUGGCCCAGAGGUGGAUGAUGAUGACAGUGUGCUCAGUACCCCAAAACCUAAGCUCAAGCCAUACUUUGAAGGGCUGUCCCACUCCAGCUCACAGACCGAGAUCGGCAGCAUUCACAGCAGUCGAAGUCAGAGGGAGCCCCCCAGCCCGCUUGAAGGGUCAGAUACAGCAAAGAUCUCAGGAAGCAAGUUCCAAAUGGAGGACACAUGUGACCCCAAUGCCUUUGAACCUGAAGCCAUUACUCCAACAGCAGAGAUAGAGUUGGAUAAUCAGGACACAUUCUUGGAAAAGCUGCCCCCUACUGGCAAGAUCACCAAGACCGAAUCCCUGAUCAUCCCUUCUAGCAGCAGGCAAGAGGUAAAGCAGACGGGUCGCCGAGGGAGAAGCACGUCCCUUAAAGAGAGGCAGCCAGUCAGGCAACAAAAUGAGAGAGCCAACAGCCUGGACAAUGAGCGCUCUCCAGACACUCGCUGCCAACUACAGAUUCCACGGAAGACAGUUUAUGACCAGCUGAACCACAUCCUCAUUUCAGAUGACCACCUGCCUGACAACAUCAUCCUGAUCAACACCUCUGACUGGCAAGGCCAGUAUCUUUCUGAGGUUCUUCAGAAUCACCAGCUCCCUGUUGUUUGCACAUGUUCCCCUGCCGAUGUCCAGGCUGCUUUCAUCACCAUCGUUUCACGCAUUCAAAGAUUCUGCAACUGUAACUCCCAGACUCCUAUCCCCAUUAAGAUUGCUGUGGCGGGCACUCAGAAUUAUCUCAGCUCCAUUCUGCGACUCUUUGUGGAUCACUUGUCUCACAAAACUCCCGACUGGCUCGGCUACAUGAGGUUUCUGGUGAUUCCCUUGGGUGCUCAUCCUGUCUCUAAUUAUCUGGGGACCAUUGACUACCGGUACAGCAACUUGUUCCAGGAUGCUGCCUGGCGAGACCUGUUCCACAAGCAAGAGGCUCCCGUCAUCGUACAAGAAUGUCCAGAUGUGGUUUCUAGGAUAACACAAUAUAUGAUGGGUGCCAAUGGGGCACAUCAGCUGCCCAUAGCAGAAGCCAUGCUCACCUACAAACAGAAGAGGAAAAAGAGCUUUCAUUUUGAUUUUGCCGGAAGCCCUGAUGAAGAUUCCUGCCAGAAGUUUAUCCCUUUUAUUGGGGUUGUGAAAGUUGGAAUUGUAGAGCAGUCUUCUGCGACGUCAGGUGAUUCAGAUGAUGCGGCUCCAGUGGGAUCUGCCCUCCUAUCGUCUACACCUCCGCAGGUGUCCCCAAUAGUUAAAGAAGCUUCCCCCACACCUCCAUCUUCUCCUUCCAUAACAUCAGGCUUCUACUCAUACAGUACUCCAGCAAGUGGACAAGGAGAGCUGAUGGGCUUGCAGGUGGACUAUUGGGUUUCCCCCUUGGCCACAGAGAAGAAAAGAGACAUGGAGAAGAAAGACUCUUCUACAAAAAACACACUCAAGUGCACCUUCCGUUCGCUGCAGGUCAGCCGUCUGCCUCUUUCUGCGGGGGACAACGCUCCCCUUCCUACCAUGUCCAUGACUGUGGUCACCAAGGAGAAAAACAAGAAAGUAAUGUUUCUAUCAAAGAAAACCAAGGACAAGGAAGUAGAAUCCAAGAGCCAAGUUAUUGAAGGCAUCAGCAGGCUGAUCUGUACAGCAAAACACCAGCAAACCAUGUUGAGAGUGCUAAUUGAUGGUGUGGAAUGGAACGAUGUCAAAUUUUUCCAACUGGCAGCUCAGUGGUCUUCUCACGUCAAGCACUUUCCGAUUGGUAUCUUCGGACAUUCAAAGGCCUCCUUUUAACUGCUGGGUGUUUUUUAUUAAUCUAAAGGCUUAGUGCCAGUGUGAACCUUGUGCCAAGUAGUUGGCAUUUCGGGAGCCCUGUGACCCGCAUUCAUCAAGGGUUUAGAAAGUUUUGUUACUUUACACAAGGCUUAAGUUCAACGUUCGAAGGAAACAAGGCCAUUAAAGAUAAUGAAUUAUGUGUUUUUAAAAUGAUAAACAUUAAACAAGUUAAAAUAACACUUUUUAAUGACUUACAAAACCUAACUCGGAAACAUGUUCAGGCUUCACUUACAGGCACAAAAUAGCAUACUGUAAGCAUUACAACUGAGUUGAUGGAUCCGUACUCUUUGAGCGCUAAUUCCCUUCUAAUUCAUUGUGUGAGUGCAAGUGAAUUGCAAUUUAUAGCAACAGAGCAGAGGUAUAACAUAUUUUUACAGCACUUUUGCAAGAGCAUACUACUGAUUGAAGUGUAGAGUGAUCAAUACACUACAUUUGUACUGGAUGUGAUGCCAGUGGCUAGUCAGUUUAGAUUUAGUAUUAGUGACCCAGAUGUCCCUAACACUGCUCAUUUUGCAUAGAUAAGGUGCACAUUUCAUUUCUGGAAGUUGCAAGUCACAGAAGUCAAAAAAAAACGCUGAAUGAUGCAGUGUAGACAUUCACAACCUCUGGUCCUUCACAUUCAUUUUGUAAGGGUAAGAAAUUUCACAGGCUAAGAGAAAUGCCCAUAUAUUUAAGGAAUUAACUAUACAGUGAAUAACAUUAACGCUUGGUCUUUAACCUAACAUUAUGAAAGGAGCUGGGGGUUAUAAAAGGUCACAUCCGUCCACAUCUACGUCUGUGUUCUGUUUCUCAACAAGUGUAUAUUGAAUCAAUGUUCAAGCUUCAUAGGUAUUCACUGAGAAGGAUUUCUCUGUCAUACAGCGUAUGUGUAUCCACAUAUGGCAGCUGUCUUUUUAUGGCUUUCUUAGUGCUCACCUGAUUAGUACCUUGUUGUAGUUUUUUCUCAUUCUGACAGGAUUAGUGUUGGUUUUGUGAUUCUUUCAGGAACUGAUCUGGAGUGAAGUUUGGGUUUCUGUUUCUAUCUCAUCUAGCUCCCUGUGUUUACUUUCAAAAGUCAUUGCUACUUUCUUUACACUGCUUCACUGUUCAGUCUCCAGUCUUUCCCUGCACUAUAACUUUUCUUGACAACCUUGUUGUGUCACUAGACUCCAGCUCGUCUGGACAUUCUUAAACCUUCACAGGACUUCAGCUUUCCUCAUCUUGUUUAAAGCUUCACCAUACCACAGCUAUUCUGAGCUUGCUUCUUGCUUCACUGUAGUAGAGUUGUUAUUGUCUUGUGAAUUGAUUCAGUGGACUGCAGCUGUCCUCGACUUUCCAGUUACUUCAUGCGUCUACAGCUGUUUUCAGCUUUCUUGUUACUUCAUGGGUCUAUAGCUGUUCUUGACCUUCCUAAGAGGUCUACACCUAUUCUCAGCUUUCUUGGUAAUUCAUGGGUUUACAGCAGGCCUAACCUUUCUUGUUACUUUAUGGAUCUAAAAGCUGUUCUUGACUGUAUUAUUACUUCAUGCGUCUACAGCUGUCCUCAGUCUUGUUCUUGUUGCUUUAUGUGACUACUUGUUACUGCACCAGACGACACCUAUUCUUGACUUUUUUUAUUAAUGCAUUACACUAUGCAUUUUUUUUUUGCUUCUCAUGGCUAUAUCUGCUUACUCUCUGUGGUGUUUUAUUGCACUUGAGUUGUUUUCAAUUUUCCUUUUGCUUCAUGGACCUAUGGCUUUUUCUUGACU